CAGGCCCUUGUAGCUUCCGUUUUUCAGCUCUGUGAGAAGAGCUUGACGCAGCCGCUCCUCCGUGUGUCCCGGGGUAUUCUGGCAUUGCGAGCUCAGGAGUCAGGGGUAGCCGGUGAAUUCAGCCUUUGGACUGAACACGUCAUAUUUGACUUAAUGAAAUAAAGAACAGGCUCCACGGAUAUUCAUGAGGAUUUAAAAACACAGUGAGUAUGUGUCAGCGGGUCAAUGACGUCAUGAGGCUGUGUUGUGAGUUAUCUGCCAAUCAGCAGAUCCAGACCACGGUGAGGGGCUCGGGGAAGGGGGCAGCCGCCGCCGGGGGACUGGCCUUCGCCGGGGGGCUGGUGGGGGGUCCUCUGGGUAUUGCAGUGGGCGGCGCUGUCGGAGGCCUCCUGGGCUGCUGGCUGACCAGUGGACAGUUCAAGCCGCUGCCUCAGAUCCUCAUGGAGCUCAGUCCCCAGCAGCAGCAGAAGCUCUACGAGGACCUGAUGGUCGUGCUGGGAGACGUCCAGUGGACGGACAUGGUGCAGCUCUCGGCCCUGGUGAUGGGCAACGCCGCCCUGAAGCAGCAGCUGACAGCCGCCCUGCUGGGAUACGUUACCAAGGAGCUGCAGGGCGAGGUGCACUACGUGGAUUAGUGUCUGUGGAACACACUGGGCAACAUGACCAAGAGGCCUCAGAGCUCAAGAGGAGGAAGACUUGAGAAAGAAUGUGAACUGAUUUUAUGAAACUGGAGAAACAUUUUAUUUGAAUGUGAAAUCCUGGUAACACUGGUUAAAAAACUGGUAAGCACAUUAUAACCUUGUGCCCCCCCCCCCC